AUGGCCCGCCAACUGAACCCGAACCAGCAGAAGAUCGCCGAAAAGCUGAUCAUCCUGAACGAUCGUGGUGUGGGGAUACUGACGCGCAUCUACAACAUCAAGAAGGCAUGCGGCGACACAAAAUCCAAACCCGGCUUCUUGUCGGAAAAGUCGCUCGAAUCGUCGAUUAAGUUCAUCGUGAAGCGCUUCCCGAACAUCGACAUCAAAGGGCUUACCGCGAUCGCGAACAUCAAGUCGGAAAUUAUCAAAUCGCUUUCGCUGUACUACUACACGUUCGUCGAUCUGCUCGACUUUAAGGACAAUGUGUGUGAAAUUCUCACCACGAUGGACGCGCUCCAGAUCCAUCUGGACAUUACGCUCAACUUUGAGCUGACGAAGAACUACCUCGACCUGGUAACGACGUACGUGUCGCUUAUGAUACUGCUGUCCCGUGUGGAGGAUCGCAAAGCCGUGCUGGGUCUGUUUAAUGCCGCGUACGAGAUGCAGCACAGCCAGAGCGAUCAGGCAUUUCCGCGGCUCGGUCAGAUGAUCAUCGACUACGACAUGCCGAUCAAGAAGAUGGCGGAAGAGUUCAUUCCGCACCUGAAGCUGCUAUCGAGUGCGAUCAAUUCACUGACGAAGAUUUACUCGAUGCGCAAUCUUAGUGCGGAAAAGUGGCGCGAACUGCAGGUGCUGAGCCUUAUCGGUACGCCCGCGAUGCUGCUGAAAGCGACCAAAACGGACACGAUGUCGUGCGAGUACAUAUCGCUUGAAACGCUCGACCGGUGGGUGAUCUUUGGACUAAUGCUCCAUCACCAGGCACUCCAGACCCAGGGGUUGGUGAGCAAUAUGUGGAUAUCGGCCCUUGAUUCGAGCUGGGUCGUAGCGUUGUUCCGCGAUGAGGUGAUCUACAUCCACCAGUACAUACAGACCAAUUUCGAGGGCAUCAAGGGGUACGGGAAGCGCAUAUCGGAGGUAAAGGAAUGCUACAACCAGGCCAUUCAGAAGGCGGCCCUGCUGCAUCGCGAACGGCGCAAGUUCCUGCGCACGGCGUUGAAAGAGCUCGCCCUGAUCAUGACCGAUCAACCCGGUCUGCUCGGUCCGAAGGCACUGCUCGUGUUCAUCGGGUUGUGCUAUGCGCGGGAUGAAAUUCUUUGGCUCCUGCGGCACAACGAUAAUCCACCGGUUGUGAAAAGCAAGGGCAAAUCGACGGAAGAUCUGGUGGACAGACACCUGCCCGAACUGUUGUUCCACAUGGAAGAGUUACGUGCGCUGGUACGCAAGUACAGCCAGGUGAUGCAGCGCUACUACGUGCAGUAUCUGUCCGGGUACGAUGCGAUCGAUUUGAACUACCGCAUGCAGCAGCUGCAAAUGUGUCCGGAAGAUGAAAGCAUCAUCCUAUCGUCGCUGUACAAGACCGCCACCAGCCUAUCCGUAAAACAGGUGGAAGACAACGAGGUGUUUGACUUCCGCGCGUUCCGACUGGACUGGUUCCGGUUGCAAACGUUCAUGAGCGCCAAAUCGGCCGUACGUAUUGCGGACUUUCCCGAUCUGGCCCGGCUGCUCGAUUCCAUGGUGUUCCAUUCGAAGAUGGUCGACUUUCUGGACGAAUCGCUUGUGGAGACGUCCGAUCUGUCCAUCUUCUGCUUCUACAACAAGAUGUUUGAGGAUCAGUUCCAUAUGUGUUUGGAGUUUCCGGCCCAGAAUCGCUACAUCAUUGCGUUCCCGUUGAUUUGCAGCCAUUUCCAAAACUGCACGCACGAAAUGUGCCCCGAGGAGCGACAUCACAUACGGGAACGGUCACUCUCGGUGGUGAACAUGUUUCUGGACGAGAUGGCCAAAGAAGCGAAGAACAUCAUUACGACGAUCUGUGACGAGCAGUGCAUGAUGGCGGAUGCGCUCCUGCCGAAACACUGUGCGAAGAUUCUGUCCGCUGCGGCCAAUCGCAAGAAGAAGGAUAAGAACAAGAAGCACAUGGACGAUAUCCGACGACCGGGUGAUGAAAGUUACCGGAAGACCCGUGAGCUGCUCACCACGAUGGACAAGCUGCACAUGGCCCUGACGGAACUUUGCUAUGCAAUUAACUAUUGCCCGACGGUAAAUGUUUGGGAGUACGCAUUCGCCCCACGGGAGUAUCUCUGUCAGCAUCUGGAGACGCGCUUUUCGCGUGCCCUUGUCGGGAUGGUCAUGUACAGCCCGGAUACGUCGGAGAUUGCCAAACCUUCGGAGCUGCUGGCCUCCGUACGGGCGUACAUGAACGUGCUGCAAACGGUAGAAAACUACGUCCAUAUUGAUAUCACGCGCGUCUUCAACAACUGCUUGCUGCAGCAGACCCAACCUCAGGAUAGCCACGGCGAAAAGACGAUCGCAGCACUGUACAACACCUGGUACUCGGAUGCGCUGUUACGGAAAGUCAGCGGAGGGAACAUUGUGUUCUCGCUGAACCAAAAGGCCUUCGUAUCGAUAUCGCCCGAGGGCUACAUACCGUUCAAUCCGGAGGAAUUUUCCGACUUUAACGAGCUGCGAGCGUUGGCCGAACUGAUCGGUCCGUACGGUAUCAAGCUGCUGAACGAAUCGCUCAUGUGGCACAUUGCCAACCAGGUGCAGGAGCUGAAGCGGCUGGUCGUCCAGAACAAGGAGGUGCUGAUGAUUCUGCGCAGCAACUUCGACAAACCGGAGAUCAUGAAGGAACAGUUCAAGCGGCUACAGCAGGUCGACAACCUGUUGCAGCGCAUGACCAUCAUCGGGGUGAUCUUAAGCUUCCGCCAGCUGGCCCAGGAAGCGUUGGUCGAUGUGCUGGAGCAGCGUGUACCGUUCCUGCUGUCAUCGAUCAAGGAUUUCCAGGAGCACGUGCCCGGUGGUGACCCACUGAAAACCGUAUCGGAGAUGGCAUCGGCAGCCGGAUUGAAGUGCAAGGUCGAUCCCGCCCUCUCGAACGCACUGAAGGCACAAAAGUCCGAACCGGACGAGAGCGAUCAUCUAAACAUUUGUCUGCUGAUGGUGUUCGUUGCGGUAAGCAUUCCAAAGUUGGCCAAAAACGAAAACUCCUUCUACCGGGCGUCACUAGAAGCACACACGAACAACACGCACUGUAUGGCAGUCGCCAUCAACAACAUAUUCGGCGCCAUGUUUACCAUCUGCGGGCAGAAUGAUAUCGAGGAUCGGAUGAAGGAGUUCCUGGCGCUGGCCAGCUCAUCGCUGCUUCGGCUCGGUCAGGAAUCGGACAAGGAAGCGAUCAAAAAUCGGGAAUCCAUCUACCUGCUGUUGGAUCAGAUAGUGCAGGAAUCGCCCUUCCUCACGAUGGACCUGCUCGAAUCAUGCUUCCCGUACGCGCUCAUCCGCAACGCUUACCAUGCCGUGUACAAGCAGGAACAGCUGAUGCAUUAA